AGUUAUUUGAAGAAAUUAAAUAAACGUUUUCGCAACUUGCUAUGUAACGAAAUGUUUCCGAACGACAAAAAUGUCCGACCAAUCACAGGCCAGUGGAAGACACUUUCAUUUGUAACGUCUUAAAUUUUGAAAACAAACGUUCAAGACUCGUUAGAUUUCGGAUACAUGUUGGUGGUUAUUUUAGAAAUAUUGAGUUUUAUUAGUGAUUUGUAAUACAGACACAAUUUAGACAUUUAUUGUGAACUUAUGUGUGUUCCAUUAAAAGGAAAACAGUGAGAACUCAAGGCAAAAUGAUUACGUUAACCGAAGAUGUCAACAAGCUAUUCAAUGAAGUCCUGGUGGAGAUAUCCCAGAAUGUCCGCUCAAUGAUGGAGGAGCUCUGGCUGAACUGGUCACAUCUUGGCGUCGAUGACAACACCAAAGUGAACAACAUCACAAAGCUGGUGCAGAUAGAGAAGGAACUCCAUAGAGAUGUCAUCUCGGAGACCAGACAGAAGCUCAAAACUAUGCAAGGACAAGUUGACAAAUUAAAAGAAGAGACAGAAGAGUUGAGUAGAUGUUUAUCUGUCGAUAUCACCAUCCUGGACUUCAAGGAAGACAUGAUGCUGGUUGAAUAUAAGAGGGAACUGGAAGAACAGAUUGCUGGGUAUAGAGAACAAGUAGAACAACGUCGUAUGAAGAUGGAGAGGCUAUUGGAAUGGCAGCGGGACUUAGCUGAUAAGCUUGGAGUCACCAUCCAGGAGUUGCAAGAAGUCCCACUUCCCGCUGAAGAGGAACUGGACAAGCUGAAGGAACACUUGGAAAUGCUUCAAGCAGAGAGGGAUAAGAGGGCAGAGACCUUCUUGAACAUUCAAGUUGAGAUUAAGGAUAUUAUGGACAAACUCCGCAUCAAACCACAGAACAAGUUUGAACAUAUUGUGACAUCAUCUCUAUCUGUGGACUUCAAAGUAUUGGAGCUUCGUGAGCGUCUCACUAAACUCUGGGAAUGCCUCGAUGAAGAUCAGAUUUACCGCGAGAACUUCUUGCACGCACAUCCUGGUUGCCACCCACAGACCGAAGCCGCCAUCAAAGAGGAGAUCAAACGCUGCGAUCAAAUCAAACGGCAGAAGAUUCAGGUGUUCGUGGCGAAUGUGCGCACUAAGAUAAAGUUGAUGUGGGACAGUGUGAUGUAUUCGAGCCGUGAACGCGAAGAAUUCGUGCACUACUACCAAGACAUCUUUACUGAAGACACUUUGACCUUACACGAACUUUAUUUGGAAAAGAUCACCAAGUAUUAUAAUGAUCAUAAGCAUAUUUUCGAACUGGUCGUAACACGUAAGAACCUUUGGCUGAAGAUGACUGAGCUCGAGGCUCGAGCUACGGAGCCGGGUCGUUAUCACAACCGAGGAGGGCAACUGCUGCGCGAAGAGAAAGAGAGGAAGGCCAUCGCAAGCAACUUACCGAAGAUUGAGGCACAAAUCCGUGAACUAGUGUCUGAAUAUGAAGCUAAGACUGGUAACAUCUUUACUGUCGAUGGCAAACCUCUUCUGCAGCUCAUGGAAGACGAAUGGGAGACGAGGAAGGCUGAGCGUCACAACAAACUGUCAGCCCGCAAGCAGGCGCUGACGCCGACGACGCCACUAUUCCGGUCGCUGGCCACAUCACCGCUCGGGAAAAGGAAUAGGACCGCCGCGGGACUCGCUGCUACUGCUGAAAGAAACAGGCCGCCGUCCAAGCGACAGUUGAUCACAGGCAGUGCUACUAAAGCGGUGACUACCUUCACCAACAACUUGUCGGCGCUCAAGAGAUCUGCUAUCACUACUGUUAAAAGGCGUAUCAGCGGCCGUUUGGCGGCUAGAGCUGUCGCGGAAGGCAAGGAUGCCAAGAGGAAGCUGGACUACGGAGGGGAGCUCAGGAAGACACCUAAAGUCAAUGGCAGCAUUCUCAAACAUAAGCGUACGUCGCACGGUAAGCGUCACAGCUCCAGUCGCCGUUCGAUCAACGCGACGCGCUCGACUGGCUCACAGGAGGAGGACAGGGUCGCCAACAAGGAUCCUCUCAUGGAAACCACACUCCUCACUACUUAUACAGACUUUAAGGACGGAAUCAACGAAAAGCAGAUCAGCCGCAGUUCAAUGGCGAACCAGAGACCGAACGAGCCUAUCCUACCAACUAUCGUCUACCACACGAUCGACGAAAGAAAUGGCACCCCUAAAAAAACUCCUCGAGUGAAAACUCCUUUGACGCCUAAAGUAGGAAAGGAGAAUAUACAACAUGUGAACGCAGCUACUCCUAAGAGUAAUCUAUUGUACACGCCGACUAGACUCACCAGGUCUGCCCUCAAGCUUAACAACGAUGGCUUCGCAACUCCCCGAGCUCCUCUCAGCGCAAACAAAGUCAACCUUCAAAGACAGAACACAGUCGCUAGUUUAACGGUCAAAACUACCCCCAACAACGCACAGGGAGAUACAAUGAGGCCAAAAAAGGAUGUACCUAAAAUUAUUAUCGGGCAAGAAUUACUAAAGACAUUUGAAAAGUCUGAUUCAGAAGAAGCAGGAGAAAAAAUAUUGCCAGGGUCUCCCGUAGUACCAUCUAUUUGUGCCUCUGUAGUGGACAUGCUAGAGGAAGAUCCCUUUGACUAUGAUAUUGUGAACAUUGACACCACACUGUUCAAUGUAACUGAAGGAAAAUCGUUUGAAAUACAUAAUUUGGUUACAACACCGUACAUAACUCUGGAUAAACCGAGGUUUAGUGACACAGAGAUCCAAAUAGCCAAUGAUGAGACGCCAGAAAAUGUGUUUAUAAUCAACUCCGUUGGUGAAGCGAAUAAAGCUUUGGAUUACGUCAAAAAAUUUGCCGAUGACUAUUCUACCAUUCACAAGAGUGGAUUAGCUUACGAUGGAGGCGUAGUAAUAGAUUAUGAGUGCCGCACAUUAGACCCUUACGUGUUUGCCGCGGGUCCUUGCACGAGGUACCAUAAACGUUACUACGCUGAUGCACAAAGCCAUAAGUAUUACGACAGCACAGAAAUUGGAGAAAAGGGAUUUGUGUUCGAGACUUAUAAAACAGGUUAUUUCAAGGUGCACCUGAACAAAGAAUUAGUUGUUGACGGUCUUACUUGCUUAUGUGAAGGAAAUUUUUCGUUAGAAAACUUUAAAUAUCUUUAUGGACGACCGGCUUCAGAGCUAAAUAAUAUGCACUUGAGGUACAUGGCAAACAAAUUGGAUGACUUCUUUGAAUUCUUUCGAUCGCCGUGGGCGUUCUUUUUGUACCACGACCACACUAACGAUCUCUUCUCUAUGAUCAAACAGUUGUACCCCAAGACAUUAACAAUGAAUUCAAAGUUAGACAUGCAAAGACGUUUCGAGAAUUCCCCGCAUAUAGGAGCACUGACGGAGUACUUGAUAGACUGGCUGUCUCAACACGACAUACUCCUGCCUAUGUACUUACAGCCGGUAGUUAAUUUUGCUAUUCAUUUUAUUAUUUUGUUAAUAUGGCGCAACCUAAACCUCAUCAACCGCUUGCUUUGAACGACCUUUUAAUACAGAAUGUUAAUACUUGGGGCAAUGUGCAAUAUAAUAUACCUCUGCGACUUUCCAGCAAUGAGACCAGGACUGGUACAAGUAUUGGGCUUAGACACAUACCCCUUUCGCAAAGCUUGGAUUGUAAAAUCAAAGACCCACUUCCAAAACGAGCCACAGGCCGUGACAUGGUGGUUGAAAAGGAAUCAUAUAAAACAACAACGGGUGAAUAUUGUGUGAAGCCAAAUCCUAAUAAAGCUAUGGAGCGAUCUGACUGCGCCAUCAACUGCAAAAGAGUUUGCUUUAUGACUGGACUUGAAAAACGGUUACAAUCGAAAAAUAUAACACAACCGUUAAUGAUAUCAGAAAUGAAAGACAAUUUUAGGGGCCUGGAAAAAUCACCAUUAGCUCCACCAGACGUGGAUAUUAGAGCUCCUGAUCCUGAAUUUAUUUUUGAUGCCGUAGCAGCUGGAAGAAACGAAGCCCCUGUGAUAUUUGACAACGCUGCAGGAGGUUUCAGAAAGUUACUUGAUCCCUACGUGUCAACUUACAGAAUGAACCACAGACCUUUUACUCCUGAUGACCAGUAUGGGAUUGGAGCCAAAGACCAUAUCACUUUUUAUUCGGAAUCGAAUACUCCAAAGAUUAAAGGUUUUGGACCAAGGCACAAAGAAAUAUGGAUGCCAUUGACAGGGAAAGUUCACAGAGGCGUGUAUGACAGGAUCCAUGUCAGAAAAGAAUACAAGGAGGUUGCUGCUAGUCACAAUCCAGUUAAUAAUUUGAAAGGAGUAUUCAUAUCGGAAACAAAGAAGAAGUACAACACGCCAUUUGCGAUAUCAUCCCUCGCAUCUUGGGAUCAUGGAGAAGUAUUUGACCUGGCUCCAUUCCCUCCGAAUCCAUACCAAACGAACAUAGCACCUUUCAUGUACUGCAGUGAUUAUUGCCACAUUGCUCAAGGAACCCCCAUACACAGUCAUAGACCAAUUCGCCCAUAUAAUGCCAGCACAUAAAAAGUGCGUCGAAAGAUAUAUUGUGUCAAAAGAUUAUGAAGUUUGAUAAAUAAAAGAUUUCGAGUAAAGA